AUGGGAUGGUUGAGGAAGAAUCUUCUGUUAAUUGGUACGAUUGCAUCCGUGGUGUUAGGUGCAUUGCUCGGUUUCCUGUUGAGACCGUUGAAUCUGACACCUCAAACAAUCACGUUGGUGUCAUUUCCGGGCGAAAUUCUCAUGCAUAUGCUCAAACUAAUGAUUCUUCCUCUCAUUAUCAGUUCUCUCAUAUCAGGUUACUCGAAGCAGAGAAAAUCUAAUGCAAUAAUCAACUGUUUUAUAGGACUCGCACAACUGGAUGCGAAACAAUCCGGUAGAAUGGGCUCACUGGCCAUCCUCUACUACGUUGCUACUACCAUAAUCGCAGUCAUUACGGGCAUUUUUCUUGUGCUCACGAUACAUCCCGGUGAUCCAACAAUUAAACAAGAUCUUGGUGAGGGAAUGGAAGGUAAAACAGUGAGCACGAUUGAUACGUUUCUCGAUUUGAUACGGAACAUGUUCCCUGAGAAUAUCGUUCAAGCAACCUUCCAACAAGUACAAACCACUUACGUACCAGUUAAACCAAAAAUCCUCCGAAAGAAUACCACUGAAAUGUUAUUAGCACUGGCGAACGGCUCAAUGACUGUCAUGCGACCAUCUAUAGAAUACACUCCAGGAAUGAAUGUUCUCGGGAUAAUCGUUUUUUGCAUCGCAUUUGGUAUUGUUGUAAGUCAACUGGGCGAGGAAGCUCGUUUGAUGGUGGAAUUUUUUGUGAUAAUGGAUCAAGUUAUUAUGAAAUUAGUCAUGACUGUUAUGUGGUAUUCACCGUUCGGUAUCAUGUGCCUGAUAAUGGGCAAGAUCUUGGAAAUACACGAUCUGGCUGAUACGGCUCGUAUGUUAGCGAUGUACAUGGUAACCGUACUGCUUGGUUUAGCCAUUCACUCGUUAAUAAGUCUUCCGUUGUUGUUCUUCGUUUGUACAAAGAAAAAUCCGUACGUAUUUAUGCGUGGACUGUUGCAAGCCUGGAUAACAGCACUGGGUACGGCCUCCAGUUCGGCCACGUUACCGCUGACAUUCCGAUGUUUGGAGGAGAAUCUUGGCGUGGACAGAAGAGUGACACGAUUCGUUUUGCCGGUUGGCGCAACCAUCAAUAUGGAUGGUACAGCACUAUACGAAGCGGUUGCAGCCCUUUUCAUUGCACAAAUGAAUGGUGUUCAUCUAUCAUUUGGUCAGGUGGUUACAGUCAGCCUCACUGCUACACUAGCAUCAAUUGGUGCAGCAUCUGUGCCAUCAGCAGGACUUGUUACAAUGCUGCUUGUUUUGACAGCCGUUGGCUUACCGGUUAAAGACGUGUCGUUGAUUGUCGCAGUUGAUUGGCUGUUAGAUCGAAUCCGUACAUCAAUCAACGUUAUCGGUGAUGCGUUCGGCGCUGGUGUUGUACACCAUUUCAGUCAAGAACGACUGGCGUUGUUGGAUGCUGAACAUCGUUUAUCACAACAGAUCUACGAUGAGCACGGUACAUUUCGUUUCAAUAUUCGUUCAACGGAACAAAUUCAUUCACUCUUACUCACAGCAAUGGUGAAGUACUCGCAAAUGAGGCAGUGCACAGGAUCAUCCACCUGUACGGGUCAUCUUUUAGAUGGUCGUAAACGCAGUAGUAAGGCUUGGACUGUACAACAACAAGACGGUUAUACGUCAGUACAAACUGACGACGGAAAAUGA